GUUGCCGACUUUAUGAAGCAAGCUAAACAAAUAUAUAAACAAAUCUUACCUGGUGAAUUGGUAGAGCAAAAACCUUGGUAGUUGUAAAAAAUGACGUAAUAAUAAUCUUCAGUUUACGCUGACUGCGCUCGAGAUAAGUAUACUUGUAGAAGCUUUGAUUACAAUCACUUACAAAUGUCAUAUAUGUUGUGGUACCUUUAUGAAAAAUAGCUUUGUGUGCUUAUCGUACAUUCAUUAACAUGUGAUAGCUAUAGGCAAAAUUAUCAUUAAAUAAUGUUUUGAAGCACCAUUGACUUGAAUAAUAUGGAUCGUGAAAAUGGGGACAAAAGUGAAAUUCAAGUGUAUACAUACAGGUGGAUCAUCUUGUGUUUAUUCUGUUUAUGCAAUGUAAUCAAUUUUAUGCAGUUUCUUCAGUUUACUAUUGUCGGUAAUGUGAUACAAAGGUAUUAUAAUGUUGAAUUAGCUUUGGUGGAUGCCACAGGAUUAAUAUUUUUCGUAACGUUUCUUCUGUUUUUCUUGCCGAUAAGCUACCUCAUUGAAAAAUUCAAUUUAAAAGUUACCUUGAUCACUAGUGCCUCACUGACAGCAGCAGGUAACUUAGUGAAGCUUUUCUGCAAUGAACCCGACAGAUUCUACUUAGUGUUAAUUGGGCAAGCGUUGUGUGGUACUGCUCAGGUGUAUCUACUAAGUACUCCAUCAAAAUUGGCCUCAUUAUGGUUUGGAGCAGAAGAAGUUUCCACGGCAUGCGCUAUUGGGGUUUUAGGAGCACAAUUAGGUGCUGCAUUGGGUGCUGUUUUUCCGCCUUUCUUGGUGAAGUCAAAUGAGAACAUUUCAGAAAUUGGUGAAGGGAUUCGUCUCAUGGCUUUAUACUACUUUAUAGUAAGCGCUGUAGUUCUCGUGUUGAUUGUAUUUUGCUUCCGAGCAAGGCCGCAGCUUCCACCAAGUCAGUCUCAACUAUUACUUAUGGAGGGCACUGACAACCAAGAACCAUUUUUCAAGCAUUGCAAAGAAUUGAUGAAAAAUAGAGAUUUCAUUUUGAUAUUACUCUCACUGGGAAUCUUUAAUGGAAUUUGGAAUAGCUUCGGUAUUUUGAUAAACACGAUUUAUUUAAAAUACUUUCCGAAUGGAGAAACUGAUGUUGGAAUUAUCACUCUAUGUUCAAUCAUUUCUGGAGGAUGUAUUGGAAGUCUCAUUUUUGGCUUUAUCUUAGACAAAACCCAUAAAUUCAAGAAAACGACAAUUGCAGCUAUGUUAUUUUCAGUGGUAUCCUAUGCCGUUUGUAUUUAUAUGUUUAUAACAAAAUCCAGAUUGGUAACUUUCUUCACAACACCUCUUUUUGGGUUUUUCAUCGCCAGCACAUUAGUGAUAAGCGUUGAAUAUGCUUUGGAGGUAACGUACCCAAUACCAGAAUCAAUCAGCUGCUCGAUCCUGAAUGGAGCAAUUUUCUUGUCCGCGAUCAUUUGCACCUUGGUUUUUGAAGCUCUCUUCGAUGCUGUCGAUUACAUUUGUACGUUUGUUGUUAUAUUAGUUACAAUGGUAGUAUGCAUUAUUCUGACGUACUUUAUAUCUAGUAACUUGAGGAGAAGAGACGCCAAUGUGGGUCAAAGUAGGAAUAGUAGUAUAGCAACUCUUGGAGAUUGA